GAAGUGAUUUGUCAGGAAGAGCUGCGCUUCCGGAAGGUGGUUGUCAGUUCGGCGGAGGAGGUGUGCGGAUGCAGCAGCGGGGGAUCGUGUGAUCGGGAUGGAGCUGUACAAAUAUGCUGGAACAAUCCAUGAAUCAACGGCUUAGAGUCAUCUGAGAGAUCUGCCAAUGGAUAUUUGUCUUUGAAACCUCUGCCCUGGAAUCUAUGUCUUUAGUUUGACCAAAUGGGAAGGGCUCUUUCCUGCCUUUGUUCAAGGACCCUGUUCUUCCUGCUCUGCACUGUCCUUUGCAUUGCACAGAGCAGGGGAAAUUUCACACAGGUCCUUAGUAUCCACAAUGCCUCUUUGCAGAUUCCCCACAAUGCCUCCUUGCACGCUCAGUUGCAGAAUCUCCACAAUGCCUCCAUGCACGCUCAGUUGCAGAAUCUCCACAAUGCCUCCAUGCACGCUCAGUUGCAGAAUCUCCACAAUGCCUCCAUGCACGCUCAGUUGCAGAUCUCUGCAAAUUCUCCGACCCAUCGAGACCAGAUAGCCAAAGAAGGAAGCAGCACAGUCAUAGAGUGUAACCUUAAUGCCAGCCAGAAUGGGGACGUCAUGUGGUUUAACUCCAAAGGACGCUCGCUGGGAGAGGUGGAAGGAGGAGGGAAAUGGCUGAUCUCUUCCACUGGAGCCCUUAACAUUACGAGUGUAACUUUUGCUGAUCGAGGACGGUAUACUUGCAUUUGUCCAGUUGGCAAUGGCACCUCCUUCUACACAAUUACUCUUCGGGUGACUUACACUUCUGGGGACAUGAGCAUAUACUACAUGAUAGUCUGCUUGGUGACCUUUACCAUCACCCUGAUCCUGAACAUCACACGGCUUUGCAUGAUGAGCAGUCACCUCCGCAAGACAGAGAAGGCUAUAAAUGAGUUCUUUCGCACAGAAGGGGCUGAGAAGCUCCAGAAGGCAUUUGAGAUUGCCAAACGUAUUCCAAUUAUCACCUCUGCUAAGACUCUGGAGCUGGCCAAGGUGACUCAGUUCAAAACCAUGGAGUUUGCCCGUUACAUAGAAGAACUGGCCAGAAGUAUUCCUCUGCCCCCUCUCAUAUUUAACUGCAGAGCUUUCAUGGAGGAGAUGUUUGAAGCAGUGAAGUUGGAUGAUCCGGACCAGGUGGAGAAGGAGCACGGCUCGGGGAUUUACACCAUCGGUCCUGAUAUGGCUCGGAGCGGAUCUCCAGCUGGUGAUUCGGAAGACGGCUCGGUCCAAGGCCAGGAGAUAGCAGUUAAUGUGUCUGUUCAUCCUCAGUGUGAGACACUGAGCAUCAACACCAACCAUUCUCAGGAGUGUCCUCCUAUAGUGUGUCCUGAGGAAGUCAUCUCUAUAGUGGAUCAGGAUCUGGCACCAGAAGCCAGUGCAUGAACACACUAGCUUUUUGGGCCACUUUAGUCCUUCUACCCCAAAUUGAUUUUUCAGUUUUGGCUCUAAGCCAGGGGUCUCCAAACUGCGGCCCGAGGGACAGAUGUGGCCCUUUUCUAGCCUUUAUCUGGCCCUUGGGGCAC